GGGAUAGACGGAAACGGACCAAAUGAAGAUUCCGUUGGAAAUCACGACAUGGUAUCGUAUAAUACCGUCGUACUGGCCGGACCUAUCCAGUAAUUAUGCCCGUGGAAAUCCGGUAAGCUAAGAAACUAAGGGGUUUUAAACUAGUGAUGAGAGAAAAUUAUGUCUUGCUUAUCAAGCUCCGUUUUCUUUCAUUCCUCGGCCGGCACACUACUUGCGGAUGGCGGACUUUGGUGGACUGACCGGAGAACUAUCUAUAUGUAGAAGCAAGAUGAAUAAUAUAUUUCGUCUAGUUUAGCCGGUUGUUCUAAAUGUGUUUAGUCAGGAGUCGUGACGCAACGGAACGUCAUUUUCUUUUUAAACCGAAUAAGUAAAGCAUAAAGUAUAAAUAUCUUUGAUGGCCUCAUAAAUUGGCAACUUCGAUAAAAAUAUCCACUCAAUUAGUCAUACAGCAGAUACGGAAGAAAAUAAAGGAGAAUUACUUCCAAAAUGGCGCCAAACAAGACGCUCAUCUACAAGAAAGUACCAACUGGAUAUCCAGUCCCAGGCGAGCAUCUCGUCGUCGAGGAUCGGCCCAUUGACCUCAAUGGAGACGCUCCUAAAGGCGGACUACUAGUUGAGAUCGUGUACGCCUCCUACGACCCGUACCUCCGAGCUAAGAUGCGCCAACCCGGAAAGGGGUACUCAGAACCUUUCAAAUUCGACGAGCCCAUACCAAACCACACCAUUGCGCGUGUGAUCAAGUCAGGCACUCCAGAUUUCAAGGAAGGAGACGAGAUAGCUGCUUUUCUCCCCAUCGCAGAAUAUGCUAGGAUAGCUGAUCCUGCAGCUGUAAGAGCUCGCAAGCUGCAUAACCCACAUGGUUUCGACCUAGGCAUGUUCCUUGGUCCCUUGGGUAUGCCUGGUUUAACAGCCUACGCCGGUUUACAUAAGAUCGGAAAGCCGAAGAAGGGCGAAACGAUAUUCGUCAGCUCUGCAGCUGGUGCGGUAGGACAGGUCGUUGGUCUACUCGCCAAAAAUGAAGGUCUUAGGGUCAUUGGCUCUGUCGGCUCUGAUGAGAAGCUGGAUUACAUCAUAAAGGAAUUAGGAUUCGACGGUGGCUUUAACUACAAGAAGGAAAAGGCCGCUGAGGCGCUUCCACGGCUUGCGCCAAAUGGCAUAGACAUUUACUUUGAGAAUGUGGGAGGCGAGCAAUUAGAUGCUGCCUUGGAAAAUAUGAACUCCGGAGGUCGAAUCCCGGUUUGUGGCAUGAUCUCGGGGUACAAUCAAUCUCAGGAGCAAAGAUACGGUGUCAAGGGACUCUUCCAUGUUGUCUCAAAAACCCUCGCUAUACAGGGAUUCUUGGUCGGACAACCUGAAUUCGGACCUGCGCAUUUCCAAAAACACCAGGAAGUAGUCCAGAAUUUGAUUGCGGAAGGAUCUUUCAAAGCUAAGCUGGAUAUCACGGAGGGUAUUGAUAAGGCUGCCGAGGGAUUCGUGGGCUUGUUAAAGGGCGACAACUUUGGUAAAGCUGUGUUGAGGAUAAGGUAGACGAGUUGGUGGCGCUUGAAAGAGGGGAAGAGGAUUUGCUUGUGGAACAUAUGAUUCGGUGGCUGAGAGUUGAGGAGCAUCUUACCGACGGCUUGAUAACACGGUCUGGAUUUUGUCCGGAAUCCAAUCAAGAGUCUGCCUAGGUACCUCUAGUUCGGGUAGGAGAUGGCGAGCGAGUCCGGUGCUACAUGCCUACUACCAACCAUGUCACAUUAAUUCAAUCUGUCAAAGUUGGAUAGCAUCCUGUAUUAGCGAUUUGACAAGGCAAAGCGUGUUCG